UUUAUAUUCAUUCCUUUUCCUUCUCACGCGUCCUCGCCUCCCUCCACAGCUCACUCGAAUUAAACCCUUCUCCCUCUCCCUCUAUCUCUCUCUCUCUCUCAGUUCGUUGGAAUCAAAAGAAGAAAGCACAGUAAUGGGAGAAGAGAAGAAGCCUCAAUCAGCUGGUGUUUGGCCUACCGUUAAGCCUUUCGUUAAUGGUGGUGCCUCAGGUAUGCUUGCCACCUGUGUCAUCCAGCCCAUCGAUAUGAUUAAGGUGAGGAUUCAAUUGGGUCAAGGCUCAGCGGCUCAGGUGACAAAGAACAUGCUAAAGGAGGAGGGUGUUGGUGCCUUUUACAAGGGGCUGUCUGCUGGACUACUCAGGCAAGCUACGUAUACAACUGCCCGACUUGGAUCAUUCAAGAUUUUGACCAACAAAGCAAUUGAAGCCAAUGAUGGAAAGCCUCUUCCUCUAUAUCAGAAGGCUUUGUGUGGGCUAACAGCUGGUGCUAUUGGAGCAUGUGUUGGCAAUCCAGCAGAUUUAGCACUUAUCCGUAUGCAGGCUGAUGCCACUUUGCCUGCGGCACAGCGCAGAAAUUACACAAAUGCAUUCCAUGCCCUUUACCGAAUUGUUGCAGAUGAAGGAGUUUUGGCACUCUGGAAAGGUGCAGGCCCUACUGUUGUGAGGGCAAUGGCAUUGAACAUGGGGAUGCUUGCCUCCUAUGAUCAAAGUGUUGAGUUUUUCAGGGAUUCCCUUGGUUUUGGUGAAGCUGCUACGGUGCUAGGUGCAAGUUCCGUUUCAGGGUUCUUUGCUUCAGCCUGCAGUCUUCCUUUUGAUUAUGUUAAAACUCAAAUUCAGAAAAUGCAACCUGAUGCUGAGGGAAAGUAUCCCUACUCUGGUUCUUUAGACUGUGCCAUGAAGACUCUCAAGUCGGGAGGACCAUUCAAACUCUAUACAGGAUUCCCUGUCUAUUGUGUUAGAAUUGCUCCCCAUGUCAUGAUGACCUGGAUAUUUCUGAACCAGAUCCAAAAGCUGGAGAAAUCUGUGGGAUUGUAGUCUUCAACAGAGGAGAUUUUCAGUUGACUAAAGCUAUUAAAUAAUGAUACAUUGCCUGUGUUGUAGUUUAUGGUGGUUGUUCACACCCUCUCACAUCCAACCAAUUUAUUUUGAAAUUUUUACAGUGCAUUGGAGUAGGAUCUCAAAAAUUUUAUUGAACUUUUUAUUUCUAGGGCAGUGGCAGAUUUUGGAUUUUUUUUUGAGUUCAACAAGAAUUUCUCAUUGAAAAGUUCUUUUGAAGAGAAUAUUGAAAGCUAAAUAAGUUUUGUACUUGGAUCUUAAAACAGUUGUAUUACAUUUAGCUUCUGUUGUUCCUGAAACGAAAGUUGCCAUUCUUUCUUGGCUAUUGUUGGCAAGUUGCCAUUCUUUUAAUACAAGUGCGAAUUGCAUGUGAGCUAGCAAUGCUAUUCUUUAACAAA